UUACAAGAAACUCAUGCUAUUGAUGCCACUGUUCAGGCAGAACUUAACCUCCUUUUCAACUCAAGUUCUACUUUAUGGACACCCCACUGUGGGAUAGUGUCUCUCAAACCUCACUUUCAAAUAGUCGCUCACUCUACUUUUAUUCAUGAAGAAGGACGCUUCCUCUGUGCUACAGUCCAUUCUUCGAUCAGUCCCUCUACUCCUCUUUUACAACUAUUGAAUAUUUAUGCACCUGCGUAUUCUACACCGCGCAAAGCGUUUUACCAGCAACUAGCCAAUAACCUCGACCUUAUGUCCCACCUCCAAUCCAGCAAUAUACCGACUUUGAUCCUGGGCGAUUUCAAUUUUAAUCCCUUCCAACGUUCGACUAUCACGGACACUUGGCUUGAACUUCUCGACCUCUACUACAGCGAUUGUUUUGGAGACGACCCUAGACCAACUUUCACUGCACAUUCUAACAAUCGCACUAGAAUUGACUUUAUCCUUUGCUCCUCUCAACACCGUCUCCUUGUAACCUCUCAUUCGCAACAUUUCAUCUCAUCCACCUGGACUGAUCAUGAUUUACUGUCUAUUACACUACGCCCCCCUCUUGAAACCGCUGGACCCGGCUUGUGGAAGGCUGAUCCUUCCCUCGCUAGGAUUCCUUCUUUUAGAGACGGCCUGACCAAAUACAUUGAAUCCCGUCUCACUUCUCAAAAUUUCCUUGAUGAGAAUUGUCCUCACUCUGCUCAAGUUAUUUGGGAUAUACUGAAGACCGAAGUCAAGAUAUACACUAAAUCAUUUCAAUACGAGACUAAUAAGUGGCGCACAAAGACCUUGAAAAAGUAUCAGUCCUGUUGUGAGAUGAAGAGAGAAUAG